GAAACGAUUGCGAAUACUCUAAAACUUAUCGAUAAUCGCUCAACUCAACAACAAUUAGUACAAAUUGGACAAUGCGAGAUAUCGCAUAUCAGGUACGCAACCGGCAACAGUAGUACCGUGAUGCAUCGUUAUCAGUCGCGAAAUCAUGGCCGCGAUAUAACAACAUUAUAGUGAUAAGGCACCCUUGACGCCGAGCGAACGUGAUCGCUAACAUUCAUAAUAGCCAGUAAUAGCCACACGGAUGGUUUAUAAAUAAAUCUCCAAAACUCGUUACGCUAAAACAGAGAUGGGUGUGCCUAUGAUCGACAAAUGCUGCUACUGCGCCACUCUACACACGGGAACCUUGAUAAUUGGAUACGUUUACUCAGUAUGGGCACUACUAGAGCUAGCAAUCUACUGCCUUCUGGUGACACUAGCGCCGCUCGGCAAGGACGGCACGGUGUCAGUACACAAGUAUGUGCUGUACAUCACUGCGGCCUCCGUUAGUGGCAUACAUCUCAUCUGCUCUGUGCUCCUGGUAGUCGCGGCUUAUAAGAAACUAGCAUCCCUAACGUUACCCUGGACGAUAGUGACGGGCAUCAUCACCGCGAUAUACUUCCUGCUGUCGUUCACCGGCAUCAGCCUCGUGCUGCAGGACGAGGGCGAGAUGCUGGAGGUCGAGUCCAUCGUCAUCUGCAUUCACCUCGCCAGAGCCUUUGUCUCUGUAUACUGCAUCAUAGUAGUUCACAGUCGACAUAAAGAAAUUAUGCACCAAGAUGACGAACUGAGGUUUCAACAUUCAGGGAGAAUUUAUCAUCCUGUGAAAAUCGAAGAUCACGUUCUAUAGUUUUUGAAACUAGGACUGUUAAAUGAUACUAUUGCCUACAAGUUUUAUACAGGGUACGGGAUGUCCACUGCUGGUGGGUGGAUGAGACUUGAAGAUACCUACAGAAAAGUGAUCAUGAUAUUGACUGAUUUUUUGUAACGUGAGAAAAAAGCGGUAACUGGAAUCAAACUCUUGUAUUCAUUCAUCAUUACUCAAAGUAUUCCAACUACUAUACUGUACUCAUUGUAUCCUAUGCUAAGUAAAUAAAUUAUACUAUUGUUACAUUUUUA